GGCCUCCUCCCAAUUUCUAGUUUUAUUAAUGAAAUGCCGACCCAUUUUACGUAGCCCAACCAGCAAGCGAUCUAUACGACGCCGUUCCAGAUUCCUCCAAAAACAAUUUUCCCAUCAUCUUCAGCUUCCCCAAAUACUCCGUAAUUAUUCGUAAUUAUAUUGACUGACCCCCUACCGAUUUUCUGAAUCCCGCUGUAGAAGAUGAGCGAAGGAGAAGAAGCCGUCCGGCGCCGCAAUGCUAUUGCCGAGUACCGGAAAAAGCUGCUUCAGCAUAAGGAGCUUGACUCCCGGCUACGGACUGUAAGGGAGAGUCUUAGAGCUUCCAAGAAGGAUUUCAACAAAACGGAGGAUGAUUUGAAGUCCCUUCAGAGCGUAGGACAGAUCAUCGGAGAAGUUCUUAGACCUCUUGACCAUGAACGAAUGAUUGUCAAAGCAAGCAGUGGACCAAGGUAUGUUGUCGGGUGCCGUAACAAACUUGAUAAGGAAAAAUUGAUUGCUGGAACAAGAGUGGUCCUUGACAUGACAACACUAACAAUCAUGCGAGCUCUCCCACGCGAGGUUGACCCUGUUGUUUAUAACAUGCUCCAUGAGGAUCCUGGAAAUGUUAGCUACUCUGCUGUAGGUGGUUUGUCAGAUCAAAUUCGAGAACUUAGGGAAUCUAUAGAGUUACCUCUUAUGAAUCCUGAGCUCUUCCUUAGAGUUGGAAUCAAGCCUCCUAAGGGUGUACUUCUCUAUGGGCCUCCUGGUACUGGGAAGACAUUGCUAGCUAGAGCAAUAGCUAGUAACAUAGAUGCUAACUUUUUGAAGGUGGUUUCUAGUGCAAUUAUCGAUAAAUACAUUGGGGAAAGUGCAAGAUUGAUUCGUGAAAUGUUCAAUUAUGCACGUGAUCACCAGCCCUGCAUCAUCUUUAUGGAUGAGAUUGAUGCAAUUGGUGGAAGACGUUUUAGUGAGGGAACAAGUGCUGAUCGUGAAAUUCAGAGAACACUCAUGGAAUUACUUAAUCAGCUAGAUGGUUUUGAUCAGCUUGGGAAGGUAAAAAUGAUAAUGGCAACAAAUCGACCUGAUGUUCUUGACCCUGCACUUCUUCGACCAGGGCGUCUAGAUAGGAAGAUCGAAAUCCCACUGCCAAGUGAGCAGUCGAGAAUGGAAGUUAUUAAAAUUCAUGCUGCAGGAAUUGCGAAACAUGGCGAAAUUGAUUAUGAAGCUGUUGUUAAGCUUGCAGAGGGGUUUAAUGGAGCUGACCUACGUAAUGUGUGCACUGAAGCUGGAAUGUCAGCUAUCCGCGCUGAGAGAGAUUAUGUUAUCCAUGAAGAUUUUAUGAAGGCCGUCCGAAAACUGAAUGAAGCCAAGAAGCUCGAAUCUAGUGCACAUUACAAUGCAGAUUUUGGCAAAGAGUAGGAGCAGCGCCUUUUUGGUAAUGAUCCAUUGAUAUGUAUGUCUGUUCUUCCUUCUUCCUGCACACUGAAAUGCUUUGCUGAUUCAUUCAGACAUUUUCGGUUUCUCUUUCUCUCCCACAAGCAGGGGAUGUAUGAAACGAUUUGUAUUGAUGCUUUCCUGCCAGUAAUGGUUAUUGUCUCUAUUCUUGUUGUUGUGCUUUCCUGCCAGUAAUGUUAGCCGAUUACGGAACGAACUCAGGAUUUUUUUCGCCUUUGCUGUGUUUCAUUUCUCUUCUGUUGCAUUUUUCUUUUUGACUUGUGCAAUGAAAGUAAUUUGUUUCA